AUGGCGUCUCGUAAGCUGCAGCCUGUGUUCUUGGCGCCUCUCCUCGCGCUGCUCUUCUUUUCCAGUGCUCUGGAGGCUGCAGGCAAUGGCAAUGGCACCUCGGCCGACGGCGCGAGAUCCUCGAGCAGCUCCGCCAAUGGAGCUGACGCCGGGCCCAGGGGCAGGUCGCUGGCGUCGUCGCAGAACGCACUGUUCAGCCUGGACAGCUACGGCGCACGCGGCGACGGGAGGCACGACGACACGCAGGCUCUGGCGAAAGCAUGGAAGGCGGCCUGCGCCUCCCCGCGGCAUGCCGUCGUGCUCGUUCCCAGGGGCAAGCGCUACCUGCUCAAGCUCGUCAGCCUCUCCGGCCCGUGCAAGUCCAGCGUCGUGGUCGCGGUGCAGGGCACGCUGGUGGCGUCGCCGAACCGGGCGGACUGGGGUGACAAGGACAGGAGGCACUGGAUCGUGUUCCGAGGCGUCAACAAGCUCACCGUCAACGGCGGCGGCACCAUCGACGGCAACGGCGACAAGUGGUGGCAGCACUCGUGCAAGAUCAACAAGGCUCUCCCGUGCAAUGAGGCUCCAACAGCUUUGUCAUUCCACUACUGCACGAAUUUGAAGGUGGAAGAUCUAAAAAUUGUGAAUAGCCAACAAAUUCACAUGUCGAUCGAGGAUUGCACCACUGUACAAUUGGCACGCCUGUCUAUCACAGCGCCUGGCACUAGUCCCAACACUGACGGCAUCCACAUCACUCGCAGCAAAGAUGUGCAGGUCACAAACUGCAAGAUCAAAACUGGGGAUGACUGCAUGUCAAUCGAGGAUGGAACUCAUAAUCUUCAUGUCUCGAAAGUUGUGUGUGGGCCGGGACACGGAUUCAGCAUUGGAAGCUUGGGGGAUGACAACUCAAGGGCUGAAGUCUCAGGCAUUACCAUAGACACGGUGCAAUUAUAUGGAACAACCAAUGGAGCUCGGAUCAAGACAUAUCAAGGCGGAAGUGGGUACGCAAAGGAUAUCACAUUCCAAAACAUGAUCUUGUACAAUGUCAAGAACCCGAUAAUCAUCGAUCAGAACUAUUGCGACAAGGCUAAGCCAUGCAAAGCACAAGGAUCAGCAGUGGAGGUCAGCAAUGUGGUCUUCAAUAACAUCAGGGGCACAACCAUUACCAAGGACGCCAUUAAGUUGAACUGCAGCAAGAAUGUCCCAUGCCAUGGCAUUGCCUUGAAGAACAUUGACCUGAAAAUGGAGGGCGGUAAGGGUGCCACAGAAAGCACCUGCCAGAAUGCAAAAUGGAGAAAAUCUGGGACAGUUCUUCCACAGCCCUGCACUGCCAAAAACUAG